UCCACCACAGUGCUAAUUUGGCUUUUAUCAGAUUCCUGUCACUUUAAGGUGUUUGUGGGGACCAGAGUGGCAGAAGUACAGGACUUGACUGAAUCUGUCACCUGGCGUUACGUACAGUCAUCCGACAACCCAGCAGAUGCAAUUACAAGAGGAAAGUCUCCCUCUGAUCUCAACAAAGACAGCAGAUGGAACCAAGGCCCAGCAUUCCUCAGACAAAGACCAGACAGCUGGCCAGAGAUGCCACCAUUAGCUCACGUAAGUCAAGACGGUGAGCUGAAAAGGUCAACUUUCUGUGGACUGUUAACUUCUGCUCUGUCACUGCCAGAUCCUCAUCAAUAUUGCACAUUCACAGACUACUUAAAAGCUCUUAUAAAACCAUCAGCAGAAAGCUCUCCCUCCAUUGCAACUGCAGAAGACUAUAUAGAAGCUGAACUCAAAGCCCUCCGACAGAUCCAGGCAGAAUCAUUCCCAGAUGAGAUAUUGCACUUGAAAUCUGGUAAACCUCUACCAAGCAAUAGUUGACUGCUUUGCCUAGCCCCAGAACUAGAUAUCAGAACCAAUCUCAUUCGGGUUGGCGGUCGCCUCCGAAAAAUCAGUCAACUAGAUGAGGAUACUAUUCACCCCAUUGUCCUUGACCCACAUCACCCGCUCACCAAACUAAUUAUCAAAGACUAUGAUGACUGUUUGCAUCACCCUGGACCAGAGAGGGUGUUUGCGGAGCUCAGGAGGAAAUACUGGGUAUUAAGAGGACGAGCAACAGUCAAACAUCACCAACGCCAAUGCGCUGAAUGCCAAAAAUGGCGGGCUAAACCGCAUCCCCCCAGGAUGGCAGACCUCCCACCUGCCAGGUUAAGAAUUCACCAGCCAGUUUUCUAUUCAACAGGUAUAGAUUGCUUUGGUCCCUAUCUCAUAAAGUUUGGACGGCGAAAUGAGAAGCGUUGGGGGAUCAUCUUCAAGUGUAUGACCACCCGUGCAGUGCAUAUUGAUCUCCUCACAAGUAUGGACAGUGACUCAUUCCUGAUGGCCCUUCGUCGCUUCAUUGCUCGUCGAGGGAAACCCUUUGAAAUCCUGUCAGAUCAGGGAACAAAUUUCAAAGGUGGUGAAAGGGAACUUUGGGAUGCCUACACUGCUCUUCAACCUGAGCUCCAAGCUCAACUGGAAAGCCAGCAAAUUAAGUUUACAUUCAAUCCACCUAAUGCCCCACAUUUUGGUGGAUGCUGGGAGCGGGAAAUUCGGUCCUUGAAAACAGCCCUGCAAGUGACACUCGGAGCACAGACGGUCACUGAAGAAGUAUUGCGGACUGUUCUCAUUGAAAUUGAGGGGAUCCUCAAUGCCAAACCUCUUGGUUACACAUCUUCAGACAUUGCUGACCCUGACCCAGUUACACCCAACAUCCUGCUGAUGGGGCGGCGGGACGCCUCACUUCCCCAAGUGACAUACCAGGAUUCUGAGCUUCUGAGUCGACGGAGAUGGAGGCAUAGUCAGCUGCUAGCUGAUCACUUUUGGAGGCAAUUCAUCUGUAACUACCUACCCAGCCUUCAAACCAGACAGAAAUGGAUGUCAGAAACGGACAACCUACGGAUAGGUGAAACUGUUAUGAUUGUGGAUCCACAGCUACCUCGUGCACUUCGGCCUGUAGGAAGGAUUGUUCAAGUUUUCCCUGGGAAGGAUAACAGAGUCAGAUCAGCUGAGAUCAAAGUGAAAGACAGAACUUACCUAAGGCCAGUGACCAAGAUCAUCUGCCUACCUCCUGUGACUGAAUGACAUUCCAGUACUUAGUAAGGCCUUUCUUGUUCAAAUUCACCUUGUGAAUUUGGGGGCGGCUGUAAGAAAGGCCACCCCUUGAAAGUGAACUCUUCCGAACCCUCCCGCCUGUGUUCGUGAUUUGGACUGUUCCAAAACUUUCCGCGGAGUGAGAACUAAGACAGUAUAGAGGCUGGAUGUGUAGAUGUGUUUAUAGUCAAUAUUUCAUAGUUAAAUUAGUUAGAAGUGGCCCGUUUAAGGAUUGUGUGGAUAUAUGUGUGCGUGCAACUAAUCAACCACACACACAUCUUUGCACAAUAAAUCACCCUGAAGUACAUUCCUGGUGUGAGACCUAAUGUUCUGACCGGACACCCUGUAGCCGUUCAAUGAAUCCGAACCUGAGUUAGACAAGAGUAGUCAGCAGUUUUCUCACCUGGGGCUGAGCUUCCUGUUUGGUAGCCACAAUUUGAGGUCCCUUGUAGAGAGCCAGACCCGCUGUCCUGGUUGGUAGGGAGGAUGUGGAUGAUGUCGCUUGUUGGCCUGGAGUUCCUGCACUCUCACAGCUCGCUGAAGACGUAUGUGUGCACUGUCCCACACCCUCUCACUAUGCCGGAUCCAAUCGUCCACAGCAGGGACCAAUGAGGGUUCGCCAGACCACGGAAACAAAGGGGGUUGAUAUCCAAGGACGCACUGGAAGGGAGUCAGACCUGUGGAUGAGUGAGUCAAUUAAUUUUGUGCGUAUUUCAGCCCAUGGAAGGAAUUCAGACCAUUGGUGCUGUUCUCGGCUGCAAUAUGAUUGAAGAUAUCUGCCUAGCUCUUGGUUUAAUUGUUCGACUUGUCCAUUUGCCUGGGGGUGGUAUCCUGAUGUGAGGCUGACAUUGAUGUCAAGAUGCUUGCAGAAAGCUUUCCAAACUUGGGAUGUAAACUCGGUUCCUCUGUCACUGACGAUAUCAUCUGAUAUACCAUAAAUUCGAAAGACGUGAUGAAACAGUGUUUGUGCAGUCUCCAUGGCUGUGGGAAGUCCUUUUAAGGGGACCAAACGACAGGAUUUUGAGAAACGGUCAAUGAUAACCAGAACAGCAGUGAAGCCGUUGGACAAAGGCAGGUCUGUGACGAAGUCAAUAGAGAGAUGGGACCAGGGACGUUGUGGAAUGGGCAGUGGUUGGAGGAGCCCAGAAGGUAACCCCUUGGGGGUCUUAGAUUGGGCACAGACUUGACAGGCUUUGACAUAGGUUGUGACAUCCUUAAGCAUUGAGGACAACCAGAAUGAAUUUUGCAGUAAGCGAAGUGUGCGGGAUAUUCCUGGAUGGCCAGAGCUAACCGAAUUGUGGACCCACUGCAUUACUCUGCAUCGUAUAUUUUGUGGAACAUAUUGUUUAUCUGGUGGGCAAUUGACAGGUGCUGGUUCUUGGAGUUGUUCCUUUUGUAUUUCCUCCAUUAUGUCCCAGGUGAUAGGGGCGAUGAAAACAGACGAGGGGAGUAUGCAUUCUGGUGUGAGGUUUUCUAGGGGAAGAUCAUACUGCCUGGAGAGAGCAUCUGCCUUACUAUUCUUACUGCCAGGGCGAUAUGUCACCGUAAACUGGAAUCGGGUGAAGAGAAGGGACCAGCAAGCUUGGCGUGGGUUUAGUCGUUUAGCACUUUUGAUAUAUUCUAGAUUUUUGUGGUCAGUGAUUACCUGAAAAGGGUGGACUGCUCCCUCUAGCCAGUGUCUCCACUGCUCAAUGGCUGCUUUCAUGGACAAAAGUUCUUUAUUCCCAACAUCAUAGUUUCUUUCCGCUGCAGUUAACUUUCUUGAGAAGAAGGCACAGGGAUACAGUUUACCAGGUUGGCUAUGGUGUUGGGAGAGCACGGCCCCGAUUCCACAGUCUGAAGCAUCCAACUCCACCACAAAUGGAAGAUUGGGGACAGGAUGUUAAAGGAUGGGGGGUGUGGUAAACCUAACCUUCAGGUCAUACACAGAACAGGCAGGCUGAAUAAUAAUGGAUAAGGCUUGGUUAGGCAGGUAAACUGGCAAUACUUCGCAAUGAGCAAACGCAAAGACUCCUGUUAAAUACUGUUCAAACAGGAAAUGAAUGUAGAAGCAGAGGGAGCGGUACACAGUCAGUACUCUCUCUGCUGGUGCGGCGUUACAGGAUGGUAUUUCAUUGAUUAGCCUAUAAAGACAUUCCCCUAUUAUAAAGGUAUAACAUAAGCCUAUACAAGCACAAAAACAUACUCAGCAAAAUAUUUAUUAUCAUUAUUGAUCAAAAAUCCUCCCAAAAUUUCCCCAGAAAUUUCAUCAACAUCACAAACCCCUAAUAAGGGUCAUCAUUUAGGUCAUUUGGCAAGUGUGUGUGUGUGUGCAUUGGUUUAACCUAUAUUGGGAAGACUAAAUGCCCCCCCCCCAAUUUUUUUUUGACAUUUCAGGCCACACAAGGAAAACAACUCAUAAGCCAUAGUUCAUUUAAUAAAGCUUUGUAAUAAUUUAUCACUUGACUUUAUGCCCUCAUUUAGAGUACACUUACUUCUAAAAGCAGCUUUACAGAAAAUGCAUGUCUACAUUACAAUUUAGCCUGACCUGUACUAUAAAUACUAUACUUUUCAACUUGAAUAGUGUUGUAUCAUGUGAUUCACAGUGAUGCUAUGGGUGUACUCACUUCUGUUGUAUACUUUGUUUGACUAAUACACUGGAAGCAAUAUUGAUGUGACGUACUGAUACAAUUCCUCACUGCUAAUCAUGAUGUUCAGUCUAUUACAAUCUGAUGUAGUAAAAAAAAAGUUGUAUGAACAUGCCCUCUGACCUUACCUCUUUUACUUUGUUAACAAAUGCUGUUUUCGUGGAGUUUCCACUAGGGUUGUAAUGGUAUUAGGAUUUUCAUGGUAUGAUAAUCAUCUCAGAAAAUAUCCCGGUUUUACGGUUAUCAUGGUAUAUAUUAAACAAUAAUUCUUAUCAGUAACAAUGACUCCUAAAAGAACAAGUUAUUUGAGUGAACAAAUCUCACUACUUCAGUAUGUAGUAGAUAAAACGGCGCCACUCAGAGACAUGCAGAAACAAGCAGAUUAUUUAUAUAGCUGUCUCUUUGCGCAUAAAUAUUCACAGACACGUAUCAUAUUUACCUUUGACUUAUCCAUCCAUCAGAUUGUGUGUUUUAUGUGACAUCCUCACACUGUAAAUUCCAUGUUCACCACUGCACCGGGAUUCCCUCUGCAUCACGGGAAUCAUACGGCCUUAAUUUAUAACUUGUUAUUAGUGCAACACACCUUCAUCUGCGUGGAGGGAUGGUGUCUGCAAAUAUGAGCGAAGAUGUUGGAUGUAUUGCCUGCUUUUGCAGCCACUGUGCAUCCACAUUUUUAUGCAAUUUGGAUCCGUCCUCAAGUACAAGCGUUCGUUUUUGUUUAUAUCCGAAGUAUUCCCAUACUGCAGAUAUUAACUUGUUUUCCGGCGGGGAUGGAGAUGAGAUAUAAUCUCUGUCUUUGUUAUUUUCUCCGCUGCACGUGUGUGUAAGCCGAGCGGAAAUAAGUUGCAUAUGCGGGGAUGAGUUUUUUUUUCGUUCAUUUUUUUUUUUUUUUAACCGUAGACAUGCAAAUGUUUGUGGUAUGAUAACCGUGCAUGUUCAAACUGUGAUAAACCGUCUUACCAGUAGAGUGUUUCUGUGGCUCAGUGGUAGAGCAUUGAGGCCAUGGGUUCACAUCCCAGGGAACACACAUACUGGUAAAAAAAUUUAGAGCCUGAAUAUACUGUAAGAUGCUUUGGAUAAAAGUGUCUGCUAAAUGCAUAUAUUUAUUAAAUUAUGUAUAAUUAAAACACUAGUUUCAAGUACAUCUGAUGUGUGA